CGUGAAGGCGAGGCCACGUGUUGUUAUGAAAAUGGUAGGGUGAAUCAAAAGCUUUGGUAUCAAGUUUGCAGACCAGCCAGCCCCUCCCAGUCCCAGCCUGCUAGGAAAACUCUCGCUUUGACGGCGGAGAGGAAGAGAGCCGCCUCCUGUACUUUUUUCUCUCUUUCUCUCUCCACAAAACUCAGCUAUCCACAUCCCCUUUUCAGGAUUCCUUUGCCCACUUUUGGGUGCUGGACGGAGGGGGGGUUGAGGAAUAGAUUUGAUUGAAGCAGUGUUGAGAAAAGGGGAAUGAGAAACAAAGGCUAUUCAUGAUUUGGGAUGGUCAAAUGUAAUUAAAGAGAAGUGCCAGUAAGGUGGGAACCCUUGUAACCGGCAUUAGAAGGGUUUUAGGGUACAACAAACUCUGGAUUACAGUUUAAGAAACUGGAUUCUUCAAGGACGUAAUUUAAUUAUGUUGCGAACAAAGCAGAUUGGUCCCCUUUCCAACUCUGCUAGGUCCAUUUUAAUUAGUGGAACACGAUCCAGUACACCAGAUGGAAACUCAUGCCCUUGCUCUGAAGAUGAAACUUGUGUUUCAACAAAGCAGCAUGCAAGAAAUGAAGUUUUGAUCAUGCAGAAGCAAACCACCUUGGCAUCCAAAACUGCAGCAAGAGUUGGACCCCUGUUUUUGGGUGAUGCAGUAAAAGUAGUGGGUUCUCAAAAAGUUGAGAGUGUUGAGUAUGCAACUUCUCUACCACAAGUUGUAGCUGCUCCUAGAUCUGUGGUGGGAUCAGAGUGUGUUAGUUAUGUCAGUGACAAUGUUGAUGUUAAUAACAAUGCGGUGCAUGCGCCUCCUAUCUCAGAUCAGUUUAUUAGGGCAGGUAUUGUAGCAGUAAAUUUUCUGUCUGAUUUAGUAAAUUAUAAGAUUCCUAUGUCAGAUGGGAGUGGAAUGCUUAAGCUGCCACAGAACUGUAUGGUUGACCCCACCAAGCCUCUUUCUAACAUCAAAUCAACAAAUAUAAAACCCAUUAGAAAAGGGAAUUUUUCAAAAGUUCGUGCAGAGUCGUCUGCCAAUAUAGCAGCAGCCUCAAACUCUACAAGUAGUUAUCACAGUACAAGAGGUAAAGGUGAUAAAUCAGGCUCAGUUAAAGGUUGCAGUCAUGUGGGAGAUACCUGGACAAGGAAUACAGUAGAUACUCGAAGUCUGUCUUCAGAUACUCACAAUAAGAGGUCUAUGCCGCAGAAGUCAAAAGCUUAUUCAAACUACUCAACAUCGAAUUCCAAUUUCAAUUCCAAUGUUCGAAAUUCAGAACCAAGGUUUGUGGGAGGCAUCGCAGGGGGGUUCAGCAAGCCCCUAAGAGAUACAAAAAUGAUAGGAAUUGCUCCAGUGUCUAGGCAGUUUGGAAGCUCUGGGCAUUUUGUGGAAAAUGUUUCUCGCAUAUUACGACAGCUGAGUUGGGGACCUGCAGCAGAAGAGGCUCUUAGAAAUCUCAACUGUUCGAUGGAUGCAUAUCAAGCAAACCAGGUUCUAAAGCAGAUUCAAGACCAUUUGGUUGCUCUUGGUUUCUUUUAUUGGCUGAAAAGACAAACUGGGUUCAAGCAUGAUGGGCAUACUUACACCACAAUGGUUGGCAUCCUGGGUCGUGCUAGACAAUUCGGUGCGAUUAACAAAUUGCUGGCCGAGAUGGUCAGGGAUGGAUGCCAGCCAAAUGUGGUGACAUAUAAUCGGUUGAUUCACAGUUAUGGCCGGGCAAACUAUUUGAAUGAAGCAGUCAGCGUUUUUGAUAGGAUGCAGGAAGCAGGAUGUCAACCUGACCGUGUCACCUAUUGCACACUCAUCGACAUCCAUGCGAAAGCAGGGUUUCUGGAUGUUGCCUUGCACAUGUAUCAAAAGAUGCAAGAGGCUCACCUUUCUCCUGACACAUUCACCUACAGUGUUAUAAUCAACUGCCUGGGAAAAGCUGGCCAUUUGACUUCUGCUCACAAGCUAUUCUGCGAGAUGGUUGAUCAUGGCUGUGUUCCAAACUUGGUCACUUACAAUAUUAUGAUUGCUUUGCAAGCCAAGGCAAGGAACUAUCCAACUGCAUUAGAACUUUACCGUGACAUGCAGAAUGCAGGAUUUGAACCCGACAAAGUAACUUACAGCAUAGUAAUGGAGGUGCUUGGCCAUUGUGGGCAUCUUGAGGAGGCAGAAGCAAUUUUUACUGAGAUGAAAAGGAAGAAUUGGGUGCCAGAUGAACCUGUUUAUGGUCUUUUAGUAGACUUGUGGGGAAAGAUUGGGAAUGUUGAGAAGUCUUGGGAGUGGUAUCAAGCCAUGCUCAAUGCUGGGUUGUGCCCUAAUGUGCCCACUUGCAAUUCCCUGCUCAGUGCAUUCCUUAGGGUGCAUCGGCUUUCAGAUGCAUACAACUUGCUGCAGAGCAUGUUGCGAUUAGGUCUCCAGCCUUCUUUGCAAACUUAUACCUUGCUUCUCAGUUGUUGUACUGAAGCUCAGUCAUCAUUUGACAUGGGAUUUUGUGGUGAGCUUAUGGCAGUGACGGGUCACCCUGCACACAUGUUCCUACUGUCCAUGCCAGCUGCAGGACCUGAUGGACAGAAUGUUCGAGGUCAUGUGAGCAAGUUCCUGGAUCUGAUGCACAGCGAGGAUAGGGAGAGUAAGAGGGGACUUGUUGAUGCAGUCGUGGAUUUUCUCCACAAGUCAGGCCUCAAGGAGGAGGCUGGUUCUGUGUGGGAAGUUGCUGCACAGAAGAAUGUCUAUCCAGACGCAGUUAGAGAGAAAAGCUCGUGUUAUUGGCUCAUCAAUCUGCACUUCAUGUCAGAUGGGACUGCUGUAACGGCACUCUCACGGACACUUGCCUGGUUCCGCCGGGAGAUGCUUAUAUCUGGAACUGUUCCCAGCCGGAUUGAUAUAGUGACAGGAUGGGGUCGGAGGAGCAGGGUGACAGGAGCUUCUCUGGUGAGGCAGGCAGUGCAAGAACUGCUGCAUAUAUUCAGCUUCCCCUUUUUCACUGAAAAUGGCAACUCCGGUUGUUUUGUCGGACGAGGGGAGCCCCUUGGCAGAUGGCUACUCCAAUCCUACGUCGAGCGCAUGCAUUUACUGUAGAAGGCAAUGUUGUCGCACCACCAUUGCAGUUUUGUUGUGAAAGAAAGAAGAGGAACUUUGGUUGCCUCAGGCAUUGGUUUGAACUCUUAUGAAGCUGUUGUUAUCUGCUAUCUCAAAAUUGUUGUUAUAAGUAACAGUUCCAGCCUUUCUACUCCUCAUCGCUAACACAGUUUUUCAUUCAUAAAUUUACAACCCCAUGUGAGCUCCAACUGAUCCUUCAUGUAUUCUGGUUUGUGAUUACAUUGAAUGCUUAGUUUUUGGUAAUGCAAAGAUUGAAGAGAUGGUAA